AUGGUCCCAGGGCAAUGCCAGUCCGAAAUCGACCAGGAAUAUGAUGUUGUCAGAGAAAACUACGAGAUCGCCUUUGAAAGGGCUCUUGACUCAGCGGACAUCCUCAAGGCUAAGAAUAUCGUCAUUCUCCAAGCUGCGGUAUUAUUCCUGCUCUGCUCUCGAGCGGGCGGAAACACAAGACUAGUCUGGGCGAAGACUGCUGUGAUAAUUCGACUUGCUCAGAGCUUGCAGCUCCAUGUAGAUGGAGAGAAGCUAGACCUCAGUCCAUUCGAGACAGAAAUGCGACGUCGGUUGUGGUGGUAUAUCUGUAUCCUGGAUAUGCUUUCCUCCGAGGAGCAGGCUGUUGAUACGCAAAUCAGACCCGGAAUGUUUGACACAAAGUACCCGUCCAAUAUUGAUGGAGAAGAUCUCUUCCCAGAAAUGACCAGUCUCCCGCAUGAAAGCAAACUUUUCACUGAUAUCACACACUGCAUCAUGUGCUCGACGGUACUCAAUGAUGUAUACUGGUCUCCGACGAUACUCGAAAAGAGUGUUCCAAUUCCCCAGACCGACCAGGAGAUUAUAGUAACAAAGGUUGGCAAAAUGCUACACGAUAAGUAUUUAAGCCAUUUUGAUCUGGAUAUGCCUUUACAAUGGAUAUCUGCCACUAUUAUCCGGCUCCAACUGGCAAGAGCAUGGCUGGUUGUCCAGAAGCCCUGCGAACAGCCGCCGAGCUCAAAUUCACCUCGCAACGAUACGGCUUUUGAGACUGCUGUCGAGAGUGUUAAUUUUUCAUACUUGUUACAGACGAAUCCAGUCACCACGCAGUGGACCUGGCUAUGCAAAAGUUACAAGCAGUGGUAUAUUAUGGCCUAUUUGCUUACGGAACUAUGUGCUCGUCCAUUGUGCGCCGAGACUGACCAUGCUUGGGAUGUCGUGACGAAGAUGCUGGUCCAGUGGCAACAGAAUGUGCAGCAUCAUACUGCCUUUGAGAAACCCUUCGGCGAAUUGGUAGAGCGCACUGCUGCCGUGCGAGCCGCGAAACUAGCGAGCCAGCAUUCCCACCAGAAAAGAUCUGUUCAAGACCUGCAAGAUGAUCUAUUUGGGGUUUCAGAAUUGGAGAUGAGCAUUGAUUGGCUACGUGAAACUAGACUCUAG